GUAUAAUGUUUCAUAAACUCAAUGAAGUUUCGAUAAAAUAAAAAAGGAAAGAAAUCGCAAAGCCGGCAUUUUUUAUUUUUCCCCCAAUAUCUUGUCGGAUUUAAUGACAGUCUGCAAAAUUAAUCAAAUUCUAGUAUUCCUGAUUGAUAGGAUUAUUUUCGCUUCAGAUCGAAGAAGGUUAAGUACGAACGUGCAAAAGAUAAAGAGAACUGUGCGGUCAGGGUUCGCGAAUAAUUUGCGACGUCCCUGGCUUCGAUCGAAUCAACGUUUUCGCCAGCGAUAGUAGCAGUUCCUGGGCAGAAUGCAACUGCGUUGUGACGGAACGGCAGACCUAAUUCGCUAAAUUUGGACACACAUGUAAAUUCCGAACACGUGUGGGUCGAGCAACCACGUGGGCCGCAUGUAUCAAAAAACAAGUGCCGCAUCUUCUGGUGAGUGCAGUUAGAUGAACUGUGAUAUUUCUACUAUCGGCACGAAAUGCUUGGAAAACAUGAAACGUCCGUUUUAUGAAUAAAAAGUUAUCUAGUAAAGCCAUUGUCAACAGUCGAAUGUGCGAAUAAGUUGUUGCGAAAACGAUAACCUUUGAGAAUGAUACUUUGAGAAACAUGAACAUUAAAAGUAAUUAAUUAAUUUGUAUUAGUUCCAAAGUUUCAAUCUAUUGAACAAAGAAUAUGUACGUAUGGAUCAAAAUAUGUACGAAUACAUAUCCUUCUGUUAGAUGAAAUAAAAAGAAAUGAAAUGUGAUAUAGCUUAAAUUAAUCAAAGACAUGUAUUGUUGAUGCAAAGACAAAAGUUAUACACCAGAAGACUGAUAGUUUAAGAGAAUAUAAUUAGGAGCUUUUAUCGAUUGACAUAAGGAAGGUACAAAAUUAUGGCUCAAGUGGAACCGAAGGAGAAGAAACUUAAACACUGUAUCAUCUCAGAUUUCAUGUAUUCCACUGAUUUUCAACAAUUAUUCUCUGAACACUGGUGCAAUCUUAAGGAGACAAAGAUGAACAACCUUGAGAUUAUAACGAAACCCUUUAGAAUAUGUAAAAUUACCAAUUUCCUUUCUAACGAAGAAUUUAUGGAUGAGAUAAAGAAUGAAUUGUUGGAUGUUAAGAGUAGAAGAAACAGUAUAGAUCUCUAUCAGUUUGAGCAAACCAAUGAUCUUGUUAAUGUUGACGGAGAAAACUUGAAGCUGUUAUAUAAAACUUUUCAAACAGAUCUAGCCUUAUGGAUUGAAAGAAACACCAAGAUAGAGCUUAACAAAACAAUAACUAUGUCUAGUUCUUGUUACUAUGACACAGACUAUUUGCUCUGCCAUGAUGACGAUAUGGAUGACCGUAGGAUUGCUUUCAUCUUGUAUCUUUCAAAAAAUUGGACUCGGGAAGAUGGAGGAACUUUGGAUCUAUUUGACACGGAUGACAAUGGGCUGCCCAGGAACAUUGUAAAAUCAUUGAUUCCAGAAUACAAUUCCGUAGUAUUUUUUGAAGUUACAGAUAAUUCUUAUCAUCAAGUAGCAGAAGUAACCUCCCCGGAUAAAUCACGUUGGUCGAUUAACGGUUGGUUUCAUGGACCUCUCAGGCAAACCAAUAGGCCGCCAAGGCCAGAAAUUGUACCGAAUUAUAUAAAACCGAUAAACACCGAAAUAGAUUUAAACGAUUGGGUAACGAAAUGCUAUCUAACUCAGAAUAUCAUGAAGGAAGUUAAUCAAAAUGUGGAACAAGAAUCGUUCGCAUUUCUCUCCGGUUUUAUGAAAGUAGAUAUUUAUGAAAAACUUGUUACAGAGGUGAGCUCGGAUACCAUCGUUUGGCAAAAAGUCGGCCCGGCGGAUAUUCGCAAUUACGAGGUUGCCGACGAGAACAGUUUCCCAGAACUGUUGAAGAGCUUUUACAAUUUGUUCAAAUCGGUUUCUAUGUGUCGAUUGUUAAAAAACUACACUGAAUUGGAUCUUAUACCAGAGAAGGAUGGCUCGAGCCCUAAGAUAGCUAUAGAACUCCAAAGGUGGUCGAAAGGAUGUUACACGAUAAUAUACGACAAAUCUGCGGUGAACGAAUCGGAAGCUGGUAACGCUGCGUGCACGGCGCAAGGCGGAGAAAUGCAGGGAACUGCAUUGGGCUCGGGCGAGAAGACUAGCAAAGAAUGCGAUGAAAAACCGAUGCAUAGCAACGUAGACAAAACCGUGGAGUUAGAUUGUAAUUCGCCGGUAGGCAACAAGGAAGAGGAGGAUUACAUGUUGAAGAAGAUAUUAAAAGCGAAAUGUUUUCAGCUAACUGAUAAAGAUUUAUUACGAAAGCCCUCCUUGUCGAAUAUCGACAAUUCCUCUCUGUUGGAGAGGUACACCGAUUCCGACGAUUCAGACAUCGGCGAUUCAUCUCUCUUGGAGAGGUACACCGAUUCCGACGAGUCAGACAUCGGCGAUUACUUAUCGGAUCCAAACGAUCGUUCGUUGGAACGUUCCGAUCCAGAAGACGAUGCAGCCGACUCGAACGUUGCUGACUCUGGUAGCCUGGAUGUGAUAUUACAAUUCCAUACGAAUCACGUGCCCGAAGAGCACACUAUAGAUUACGUAGAUCCCAAAGAGCAGGAUGCUGCACUGAUUCACAUACCACCGAAGGAUAAUCACCUUUGCAUCGUGUACAAGGUACUGAGUACUUGUCGUUUUCACAAGUAUGUGAAUCAUUACUGUACAGAUUACUUUUACAAUCUGAUUUGUACAUAUUACGAACAGUAAUUCCAUAUUCGCGACGCUUGCCGUCUCGGAUGUUCAACGAGUUGACAAUUGUAUACUGAUCCGCAGACUAAAGAAGCGUUCGUUUUAAAUGAAAUUGUGUAUCAUAGUAUUCGUCCUAAUAAAAUUGUCAGUAUUUAUCGUCGGAUA